CGGGCCCUGCGAUGCCGUUUGGCUGCGUGACGCUGGGAGACAAGAAAGAUUAUAACCAGCCGUCCGAGGUGACCGACAGAUAUGACCUGGGCCAGGUCAUCAAAACGGAGGAGUUCUGUGAAAUCUUCCGGGCCAAGGAGAAGACAACGGGGAAGCUGUACACCUGCAAGAAAUUUCUGAAGCGGGACGGGCGGAAGGUGCGGAAGGCGGCCAAAAACGAGAUCAUCAUCCUGAAAAUGGUGAAGCACCCCAACAUCCUGCAGCUGGUGGACGUCUACAUCACCCGCAAGGAGUAUUUCAUCUUCCUGGAGCUGGCCACUGGCCGGGAGGUCUUCGACUGGAUCCUGGACCAGGGCUACUACUCAGAGAGGGACACCAGCAAUGUCAUCCGACAGGUGCUGGAGGCCGUUGCCUACCUGCACUCACUCAAGAUCGUCCACAGGAACCUCAAGCUGGAGAACCUGGUGUACUAUAACCGCCUGAAGAACUCCAAGAUUGUCAUCAGCGACUUCCACCUGGCCAAGCUGGAGAACGGGCUCAUCAAGGAGCCCUGUGGCACCCCCGAGUACCUGGCUCCGGAGGUGGUGGGGCGGCAGCGGUACGGGCGGCCGGUGGACUGCUGGGCCAUUGGCGUCAUCAUGUACAUCCUCCUCUCGGGAAACCCCCCUUUCUAUGAGGAGGCAGACGAGGAUGACUAUGAGAACCAUGACAAGAACCUCUUCCGCAAAAUCCUGGCUGGGGACUAUGAGUUCGACCCGCCAUACUGGGACGACAUCUCGCAGGCGGCCAAGGAGCUGGUGACGCGCCUGAUGGAGGUGGAGCAGGACCAGCGGAUCACAGCGGAGGAGGCCAUCUCCCACGAGUGGUGA